GUACAGGUUGAUGCUGAUGAUGUCCUCACUAAAGAAGAACAAAUCUAUCUUCUGUUCAACGCGAAACGAAAAUGCGAACGAGCCAUCAAAUCGAAACAUAAAAUCACUGAGGGUUACUGCAUGCCGGAGUGGGAUGGCAUCGUUUGCUGGCCUGAGGGACUGCCUGGAAGGAUGGUGUCCACUACCUGCCCGGAGUACAUAUAUGACUUCAACCACAAAGGACAUGCGUACCGGCGCUGUGACAUCAAUGGGACCUGGGAGCUGUCGUCAAAUAACAACAAAACCUGGGCUAAUUACAGCGAGUGCACCAAAUUCCUCACCCAUUAUAACCAGAACCAAGAGAGGGAGGUUUUUGACAGACUUUACCUGAUCUACACCGUGGGCUACUCCAUCUCUCUGGGAUCACUUAUGGUGGCGACAGUCAUCCUAGGAUACUUUCGGCGGCUGCACUGCACCAGAAACUACAUCCACAUGCACCUGUUUGUAUCGUUCAUGCUAAGGGCCAUUAGUAUAUUUGUGAAAGAUGUGGUGUUGUACUCUGGUGCCGCUCUGCAGGAAAUGGAGAGCAUCACUGUGGAGGAUCUCAAAUCCAUCACAGAAGCACCUCCUGCCAACAAAACCAAGUUUAUUGGCUGUAAGGUGGCUGUCACUCUCUUCUUGUACUUCUUGGCGACUAAUUAUUACUGGAUUCUGGUGGAAGGCCUGUACCUGCACAGCCUUAUCUUCAUGACCUUCUUCUCAGACAGGAAGUACCUUUGGGGCUUUACUCUGAUUGGCUGGGGUGUUCCUGCGAUGUUUGUGACCAUUUGGGCCAGCGUGAGAGCCACUCUUGCUGACACCGAGUGCUGGGAUUUAAGCGCAGGAAACCUGAAAUGGAUAGUGCAGAUCCCUAUUCUGACAGCAAUUGUUGUAAAUUUUUUGUUGUUCCUGAAUAUAAUUAGAGUCUUGGCAACAAAACUUAGAGAAACAAAUGCAGGAAGAUGUGACACCAGACAACAGUAUAGAAAGCUGUUAAAAUCGACGCUGGUCCUCAUGCCGUUGUUUGGGGUUCACUACAUUGUGUUCAUGGCAAUGCCCUAUACAGAAGUGUCUGGGGUGCCGUGGCAAAUCCAGAUGCAUUAUGAAAUGCUCUUUAACUCAUUUCAGGGAUUCUUCGUUGCAAUUAUAUAUUGCUUCUGCAAUGGAGAGGUCCAAGCAGAAAUCAAGAAGUCAUGGAGUCGGAGGACGCUCGCUCUGGACUUCAAGAGAAAAGCCCGGAGUGGCAGUAACACAUAUAGUUAUGGACCCAUGGUGUCUCACACCAGCGUCACUAACGUGAACGCACGGGGCCCUCUGGCCCUGCACCUCACCACCCGCCUGGGGCCCGUCUCCCUCAACGGCCACCGGAACCUCCCGGGAUACGUGAAGAACGGCUCGGUCUCUGAGAACUCCAUCCCGUCCUCGGGACAGGAGCUCCAUAUACAAGAGGAAGAACCUUCGAAGAACUUCCAGGUGGAAAAAACCAUCCCGGUGGUGGAGGAGGAAAGAGAAACAGUCAUGUGACUUCACAAACCUUAAUAAAGACGAUGAAAAAUGUCGAAGGAUUAGAGAGUCCUUUGUUUCUCAGGAUUUCCUCACAAUUUGGGUUGUGAGACCAUCUAAGAUGUACAGUUGGACCUAAUGGACCAGAUAUGAUCCGUGUCUUUUAAAGGAGCCACAAUGUUUUUGCAAGACUGGAAGCUACUUCAGGAACC